AGCCAGCUCACCUCAUUAUAUAUUAUAUAUAUUUCAACAAUCUAUAACUAUCAUACUCCUUGUCCUUUCCCAAACAACACCUGCCAUCCGUUCUGACACUUGAAUCUUAUUCAAAAUCCAAAAAUAUACCUUAAUUUCAACAAAGAUAUGGCAGUAGAAGAAGCCAAGAAGGUAGAGGUGGAACCCGAGUGCCAGCCGGAGCCACCUGUCGCCGCCGCCGAGAAGGAGGAGGAAAAAGCUCUCGUCCCAGUUGAACCUCUUGUUUCUGAAGAAAAACCCACCGAUGAUACUAAAGCCCUCAUCGUCGUUGAAAAGCCAGAAGAAGUUUGUGAUGAGAAACCUAAAGAGGGUUCUAUCAACAGAGAUGAUGUUCUUGCUAAAGUAGCAACAGAGAAGAAAGAUGCACUUAUCAAAGCAUGGGAAGAAAGUGAGAAGUCUAAGGCUGAGAACAAAGCUCAACAAAAGCUAUCUUCAAUUGAAGCUUGGGAGAUCAGCAAGAAAGCCGAACUGGAAGCCGAGUUGAAAAAGAUUGAGGAGGACCUGGAGAAGAAGAAGGCCAAGUAUAUAGAAAAGAUGAAGAACAAAAUGGCUAUCCUUCAUAAAAGAGCACAAGAAAAGAGGGCAAUCACAGAAGCUAAAUGCGGAGAAGAGCUUCUCAAGGCAGAAGAAUUGGCGGCCAAGUGUCGGGCUACUGGCGACACCCCAAAGAAACUACUCGGAUGGUUUUAAAGCUAGAUACUUGCUGGAAUUGCCAUAUAACUUUUGAAGUUGUAUUUUUUUAUUUCUUGAUGUGUGCUUAUAUCUUUAUGGUGUAUGAUUGGUUUAAUGCUUCAUUAUUUUGUGUGCAUAUUAAUGUAAUUGUGUGUGUAUAAGUUAAAUAUACUAGCAAUUGAUUAUAAA